UGCGCUCCCACACGGGGGCUCAGGGAGCUCGGCACUCACUAGUCCCGCGCCUCUACGGCGGUCCCUGGAAGUCUGAGUGGCAAGGCCCCAGUGGCAGAGACUGACUCACUUGGGAACAGGCUCUGCCAUGAGGUCAGUGAGGACGCUCCUCUCCCCAGGCCGUUCGCUCCCCUUGCUAGUCCUGCCCGUGCUCCUGGUUGACUCUCUUGGCAAGGAUUUAAUUUUUCACCCCGAGUGGGGCUUUGACUCCUAUGAAAUCACCAUCCCCAAGAAGCUGAGCUUCCGUGGAGGGGAGCAGGGUGUGGCCAAGCACGUGUCCUACCUCCUGCAGGUAAAAGGCAAGAACCACGUCCUCCACCUGUGGCCCAAGAGGUUUCUAUUGCCCCGGAAUCUGCAGGUUUUCUCCUUCACAGAACAGGAGAGGCUCUUGGAGGAUCACCCUUAUAUACCCAGCGACUGCAACUAUAUGGGCUUGGUUGAAGGAAAUCAGGAUUCUAAAGCUACUUUAAGUACAUGCAUGGGGGGUCUCCGAGGCAUACUGAAAGUCAAUGCCAACCAUUACCAAAUCGAGCCCCUCAGAGCCUCUUCCAAGUUUGAACAUGUCAUAUAUCUCCUAAAGAAAGAGGAGGAAUUUCCCAAUCAGAUCUGUGGCUUAACUCAUGAUGAAACAGUAAAGCAGUUGGCUGAGCAUGAGAACAGGGCUAGGAUACAUGACUUUAGUGAGGCAUAUAUGCACCAGAAGUACUUGGAAUUAGCCCUGGUCUUUGAUAACAGUAGGUAUUUAUAUUUGAACUCCAAACUUACUCAAGUCAUAAAUGAUGCCAUUCUUCUGACUGCAACUGCAGACUCUUACUUUCAAGAUGUCCGUACGAGAAUACAACUAUUAGCUAUGGAAGUAUGGACAGACAGAGACAAAAUAGCACUUAAUGCCCCAGUGAUAUCACAAGUUUUAGGCCAGUUUGUGCAAUACAGAUCACGUGACCGUCGUCGGAUUCCAGCAGAUCGGGCACACCUAUACCUUAAAAAACAGUUUAGUGGGGCUUCCCUGGUGGCGCAGUGGUUGAGAGUCCGCCUGCCAAUGCAGGAGGCAUGGGUUUUUAGUGAUGCGCUUUCACAGCACUGGGGAAGUGUAUGUAGUACAUUGCCUUCUGGAUCUACACGUUCUAUUCUAGAUAAAAAUAUCCUUGGACCUGCCACUUGGACGACUCAUGCUCUGGGCCAUAGUGUGGGAAUGAUCCACAAUUACAAAUACUGCCAAUGUAAGGGUAGGCAUAGUUGCAUCAUGGGCACUGGGCGAACUGGGUUUAGUAAUUGUAGUUAUGCCGAAUUUUAUUCGCAUGUAAGUUCAGGAUUAAACUGUCUAACGGAUAUCCCAGGAUUAGGUUAUGUGGUAAAGAGAUGUGGAAACAAAAUUGUGGAAGAGAAUGAGGAAUGUGAUUGUGGUUCAAGAGAGGACUGUAAAGAAGACCCAUGUUGUCAGUCAGAUUGUAAAUUCAAAGAAGGUGCCUGUAGCACUGGACGUUGCUCUCAUAACUGUCAAUUUCGUCCAUCUAGAUAUACGUGUCGGGGGGAGGAAAAUGAAUGUGACCUUGCAGAGUACUGCAGUGGGACCUCAGCAUUCUGCCCAAGUGACACAUAUAAGCAGGAUGGAACUCCUUGCAAGUACAGAGCCCAUUGUGUCAGAAAGGGCUGCCAAUCCAGAACUGUGCAGUGUCCAGAUAUUUUUGGAGCUGAUACCAUGGGGGCUCCUCUUCAAUGCGACGAUGCAGUUAAUGUAAUAGGUGACCAAUAUGGGAACUGUGGUAUUUUAGGAGUUCGUCAGUAUGAGAAGUGUCCCAGAGAAAAGGCAUUAUGUGGCAGGCUACAGUGUAUAAAUGUCGAAACCAUCCCUGAUAUGCAAGAUCAUACUAUUCUAAUUUCCACUCACCUGCAUGAAGAAAAUAUCAUGUGCUGGGGCAUUGGCUAUCAUCUAACCAUGGUACCUAUGGGGUUACCUGACCUGGGUGUGAUAAGUGAUGGUACCUCCUGUGGUAAGGAGUGGAUAUGUUUUAAUAGAAAUUGUGUGAAUAGCUCAGUCCUGAAUUUUGACUGUUUGCCUGAGAAUUGCAACGGCCGAGGCGUUUGCAACAGUAACAAAAACUGCCACUGCAUGUAUGGCUGGGCCCCUCCAUUCUGUGAGGAGGUGGGGUAUGGAGGGAGCAUUGACAGUGGGCCUCCAGGACCCCUAAAGAGGGAGGUGCCCGCCUCACUUCAGGUCGUGUCCAUUAUGUUAAUGCGCCUGAUUUUCUUAAUUAUCUCAGUGAUUGUUGUGCUUUUCAGGAAAAUCAUAGGAAGUUAUAAAUCCAAAGAGAAAGAAACACCACCAAUUAACACUGGAGCAGAACAAUUCAAGGCCAAAAUGAUCAAGAAACCAAAAAAGCAAUCAGGCAAUCCACUGUCACUCUAUUACACAGGGUCAUAA